AGAGUCAAAGAAAUAAAUAAAAUACCAUCCCUGACCACAGAAAGUGCAAGUGUUAUAUCAGCUGGGCGCGAGUAACGACCGUUGGGAAACAUAUUCCACCAACGGCUCGUAUAAUCCGUCCGUUGGACGUUUUGUGGUUUUAAAAUAAGGCAUUAAACGUCGACGUGUGGUGGUAAAAAAUAAAAUAAAAAAUAAAUAAAAAGUAUUUUUUUUAAACGUGAACGAAAGCGGUGUCGUGUUAAGGUCACCCUCUGGCUGCCUGAAUUCCCCUCUUUGUGUUUACACAUCCGGGUUUCCCUGUUUGCGAGCCCAUUCCCCCCGUUUAGAAGAAGCCAUUUUGGACACAGAUCAGUAACAUGCAUGUAAACCCCCGACACGACCUCCCCGAUGCAGCGGUGCUACUAUCCAAGUGAAUAACCUCAACAACAAAACAAAAAAAGGAAAAGAAAAGAAAAGAAAGACCAAGCCGUUCUCGUCUCCGGAUGAUUUAACCGCUUUUUGGUUGUGUUUUUUUUUUUUUUUUUUUUUUAAAGGAUCCGCUUCCGAUGCGAAACACCGCCGCGGAUAUUAACGGACGAGUCUCCGGUAGUCAGUCAGUCGCUCCCGUCUUUUUCUCGCUACAUUUGUUGCAGCAGCAGCAGCAGCAGCGGCAGCGUCGCGGCUGUUGACGCCGCGCUGUGGAGGUUGGUCGUUGGGUCGGUGCUGUCGGUUGGUGGCGGCGGUGGUGGUGGUGGCGGUUGGUUGGUUCGUGGUGGUUAAGGCUGCGGAGGGACCGGGAAGGCCUGUGGUCGGUCAGUCGGUCGGUCGUUUUUUUUUUUUUUUCUCCUCUCUCUUUUUUUUUGACCCUUGGAUUUGAUGUUUCGGACAAGCUAGAGUUUUAAUGUUCGCGACGGAAAGUGCGGGGAAAUCUCUGCCCUUUAUUUCGAACGGAACAUGUCUUUUUCAUGGCUGACUUGUUCACUUCUUCUGGGAACUUUAUGCGCAGGGUACAGUCUGGGCGAAGCAGAGACCCGGGAGUGUGUGUACUACAAUGAUAACUGGCGUACGGAGAGGACCAACCAGAGCGGUUUCGAGCGCUGCGAGGGGGAGAAGGACAAGCGACUGCACUGUUACGCCUCCUGGCUCAACUCCUCAGGGACCAUCAAGCUGGUAAAGAAAGGCUGCUGGCUGGACGACUUCAACUGCUAUGACAGGCAAGAGUGCGUCUCCAUGGAGGAAAACCCUCAGGUGUUCUUCUGCUGCUGCGAGGGCAACUAUUGCAACGAACGAUUCACCCACCUUCCUGACAUGAUUGGCAGCGGCAACCGAGUGAAAAUCCGGCCUCCACCCCGAGUGCCGUCCCUGCUCAACGUGCUUGUGUACUCCCUGCUGCCUCUCUGCGUGCUGUCCCUGGCCCUCGUUCUGGCCUUGUGGAUGUACCGCCACCGCAAACCUCCCUAUGGCCACGUAGACCUGAGCGAGGAUCCAGGACCAGCUCCUCCGUCACCCUUGGUGGGUCUGAAACCACUGCAGCUGUUGGAAAUCAAAGCUAGGGGGCGCUUUGGUUGUGUUUGGAAGGCCCAGCUGAUGAGCGAAUACGUUGCUGUAAAGGUCUUCCCUGUUCAGGACAAGCAGUCGUGGCAAAACGAGCGGGACAUAUUCAUGACGCCGGGGAUGCGACAUGAAAACCUCCUGCGUUACAUCGCCGCCGAGAAGCACGGAACCAACCUGGAGACGGAGCUGUGGCUCAUCACAGAGUUUCACGAGAGGGGCUCAUUGACAGACCACCUGAAGGGUAACACUGUGACCUGGGGUGAGCUGUGUUACAUAGCAGAGACCAUGUCCCGCGGCUUGGCUUACCUGCAUGAGGACAUUCCCAGCUACAAGGGAGAGGGGCCCAAACCGACCAUUGCACACAGGGACUUCAAGAGUAAGAAUGUGAUGCUCAAAGACGAUUUGACCGCAAUCAUUGGAGACUUUGGGCUCGCUGUACGAUUCGAACCAGGAAAGCCUCCAGGAGACACUCAUGGACAGGUGGGUACGAGGCGUUACAUGGCUCCAGAGGUUCUGGAGGGAGCCAUCAACUUCCAGCGAGACUCCUUCCUGAGGAUAGACAUGUACGCUAUGGGCUUGGUGCUGUGGGAGCUGGUGUCCCGCUGCACAGAGGCCGACGGUACAGUUGGCGAGUACAUGCUGCCGUUCGAGGAAGAAAUAGGCCAGCAUCCCUCCCUGGAGGAUCUGCAGGAUGUGGUCGUGCACAAGAAGAUGCGUCCAGUCAUAAAGGACUGCUGGCUCAAACAUCCUGGUCUGAGCCAGAUGUGCGAGACCAUCGAAGAAUGCUGGGACCACGACGCAGAGGCGCGAUUGUCGGCCGGCUGCGUGGAAGAGCGCAUCAGCCAGAUCGCCAGGACGAUCAGCAGCACUACCUCAGACAGCCCCGUCUCCAUUGUGACGUCUCUCACCAACGAGGACCUACCUCCCAAAGAGUCCAGCACCUGAACGGGUGACACCAUCCUUCACCUGAGCUCCUGACUUUUUUUUUUUUUUUUUUUUUUUUUUUUCAAAAUCCAAACUCAGCGGGUCUCCACGAUUUUUAUUUAAAAGCAUAAAAAACACAAAAAACAACAACUAGCAACGUGAAUGCAGCUGCUAUUUUAUCCCAAUACUGGUAUUUUCAUUUUCUGUUUUAAUGUUUUUCAGUGUUUUUAAAGUCAGAUCCGUACUAACACAUCCAUCUGCUGUAGUUUCAAAGUAGUAAUAAGUUAUGCGACGGGCACAUCUGAUAACACCCAUGUGUCAAACCUUAAAUGUUGUCAUUACCUCAUGUAUUUCUUUUGUGUUAGUCUAUUUUUAUUACCUCAUAAGUUGUUAUCUUUUUUUUUUUUUUUUUUUUCCUGUCUUGGUCAUGAUCGUCUGCGGCCAAAUGAAAACGAACCUUUUUUUGCUCCAAACCUCGGACGACGUGCUGCACACCUCGGAGGAACCGUUUUGAGACUGUUAGACAAAAUAUAUUCAUCUUCCUCAGGGGUCGAAGCUUUUUUUUUUUUUUUAACUCGAGUGCGCUCCCUUAUUUUAAACCUGUGAAUGCCUCUGAAUGGGGGGAAAAAGAUCAAAAAAAAAAAAAAAAAAAAAAAAAAAAGAUCGGAGCACACCUGUUUUAUCGCGGGGUGGGGGGGAGGCUAAAAUUGGGGAGCUGAGCAGUUGUAUUGGACAUUUUGAACUUCUUGAAGAUUCGGGACAAGCGUCUUGUGCCCGGGGAACUACCUCUCAGGUAUCCAGUAGGCUUCUUUGGAACAUUUUCUCUAAGUUGAGAGCCAAGCUAUCCAGCUAGCUAUCAUGGACAUAUUCCUGGAUUUUAUUUUUUUUUUUUUUCUUUGGUUGUUUUUUAAUUGUAGAAAUUCAGAGUUACUCCUUUGCCAGUGCCAGGGGCAUUGACGUAUGCUGCCUGGAGUUGCAAUGUUACACAUUCUUGAUUUUAACUGUCUGUGUGUGAGUGUAUGUACGUACUUGUGUGUGUGUGUGUGUGUGUGUGUGUGUGUGUGUGAGUGUGAGUGUGAGUGAGAGAAUUUGACUAAAUGAUGCGAGAUGGCUAGAAAGUGUUUUUUAAAAAAUAAGAACCAUGGACAGAAAGUUGGGGUUUAUCCUUGUGAGGGCCAUACUUGAGUAAGCAACAUGUCUGUUUUUAUUAAUUUUCAUGGGUGUUUGUUCAAUAGACUCAGUUGGACACCAGUCCCCCAGAUACCUCAGUCACUGUACAUCAUGCAAGGAGAGCUCAAAUGGUUGCCUUUGUCUCAAAUGCAAUGCCAUAGUUGUACCAUAACAUGAAUACCAUACAUUGAAUGUCCGUUAUGCUGCUGUGACUAUUCCAGGAUACUCAAGGAUUUGUAGAUGUACAUGUAUUCUUUGUUAAUAUAACGCUAAUGAUAUUAUGUGAGGCUAAUAUUCUGUUUUUUUUUUUUUUUGACCGGGUAAGCGCUCAGAUGCUUACGCCUCCAGACUGACCUCAGAUAUUCUGACAAGUACCUCAGGCUUUUUCUACAUGUAUAUCAAGUUGUGUUAUGUAUUUUAUUGUGUUUUAGUAGUUGAGAUAUUUUAUUGCUGGUUGGGCCUCUUUGUCUGUGGACUUUUUGUUUUUUUGUUUUUGUUUUUUUGAAUAGAGCCUGACCAGUUGUCACGGUGUUAAUGCUGUACAAAACCUAAAAAGAAGAGAGGCCGAUUCUUGUAAAUAGACUUGUACACACACACACAGUUGCCGAACACUGAUCUGAUUUUUUUUUUUUUAAAUACAAAAUCAGGGCAUUACUGUUCUCAUUUCACAGAAACCGAAACGGAUCUCUCAGUUCCACCUCCACAUAUUUAAGCCCUGCAGUUAUUAUUUUUUGUUUUGUUUUUCCCGUUUUUUCAAGAAUGGUGGUUGUGUUACUGAUUUCUACGAAUAAUGGUAUUGGAAGCUGUGUAGGUAGCACUUGCAUUAGAAAGUUUAGCGUAUAUAUUAAAAACUCGACAAAAAAAAAAAAAAAAUAUUCCCUGAUGGUUUUGGUGCUGGCGGCUUCUGUGAUUGGCCACCUGCUGGAAAUGCCCAUUCGAGCAGUAUUACCUCAAUAUUAACCCGCUGAUGUGAUGUUCGGACUUGUUCAGCGAUAGUUUAGCCACGUUGGACGACACACAGGCUCAUCUGUUGUGCUUUGAUUAGUGCUGUGGAAAAAGAUGGUGAUUUUUUUUUUAUUUUUUAAACAGUGGUCUGUAAACGCUUGCUCCUGUGCAGUUUUUUGGUAAAGAACGUGUGGGAUAAAAAAAACAAACGAAAAAAAACAUCAAUACAGAACAUGUCAUGUUCACGUCUUCAGUGUUUGGAAAUCAUCAACGUGUCUAUAACCACAUGACUGAUCGAUUAAUGACGCAGCCCCAUUACGAUUCCUGUAAAACAGUGGCAUGUGCGUGGUCCAAGGGUCCAGCAAUAUUUAUUAUACAGCAAUAGUCACUUGAAUAUCAUAGUUUAUGUAAUUAAACUCUGCUGUGACUUAGCAGUGUUUCUUCUGCGGAUCAAUAAAAAAAAAAUUCAUCUCAUCACACCUGGAUCAUGUUCUGAUGAGGACACAAGUUUAAAGCCUCCCGAUAGAGAAAAAAAAA